UAGGUGGCGACAACGGUACAAUGAUCGAAAGAAUAAAACGCUAGGAAGUACUGCAAGAUUGUUGCAAUUCAUAUGAAGAUUUUCUACACUUCACUUGAGAGUCAUCUUAUCAUUCUUGAUGAAUGAGGUUAUGCGGCAUGGGAGGACACAUAGCAUAUGAUCAUGCACGAGGAAUAACGUUAACUUACCCAGGACGGUUGAUUUCCUCAGAAAAUAGCUUAGCUGCAGCAGCUCUCAGUGUGUAACAACUGUCAAAAUAAGAUGACCGUAUUGAACUAUUUAACUCACUGUGUGUAGAUUCAACUUAUGUAGAACGCAUCUUGAAAGGAUUGAUCUUUGACGCGGUUUUAACGUGUAUGUUUGUAUUCAAACUUCUACUCACAAACUUCCGGAUCUUUGCAGUAACGUUAGUCUUCAGGAAAGCCCCAGUCUGUCGUGGUCUCCUUGUGUGAGACUGUCAUCAUGGCAUCAGCCAAGCUGAAGUACCUCUCUCUGGGGAUCCUGGUGUUCCAGACCACGUCCCUGGUGCUCACCAUGCGUUACUCGCGCACCUUGCAAGGUGACGGGCCACGUUACCUGGCCUCCUCUGCUGUGGUGGUGGCAGAGUUCCUCAAGAUCCUCACCUGUGUGGGGCUUGUCUUCAAAGAUCAUAGUUACAGUGGCCGAGCGCUAAGCAGUAUUUUGAGACAAGAGAUUCUACAUAAGCCUAUAGAGACGCUGAAGCUGGCGAUUCCUUCAGGGAUCUACACGCUACAGAAUAACCUGCUUUACGUAGCACUGUCCAACCUUGAUGCGGCUACCUACCAGGUGACAUACCAGUUGAAAAUCCUGACCACUGCCCUGUUUUCAGUUUCUAUGCUGGGCCGCAGGCUCGGGGUAUACCAGUGGUUGUCUCUGCUGAUCCUUAUGGCUGGCGUUGCACUUAUACAAUGGCCAGCAGACUCCCCGUCAGACCCGCAGAAAGAGCAGCUGACUCCAGGCUCACAGUUUGUCGGGCUGGUGGCCGUGUUGGUGGCCUGUUGCUCUAGUGGGUUUGCUGGUGUCUACUUUGAGAAGAUCCUUAAAGAGACCAAGCAGAGUGUUUGGAUCCGAAACAUCCAGCUAGGCAUGUUUGGCCUGGUUUUUGGGAUCUUCGGGAUGUUGGCCUACGAUGGUGACAGAGUCCAAGAACACGGAAUGUUUCAGGGCUACAACACGCUGACCUGGAUUGUGGUCGCUCUCCAAGCUCUUGGAGGGCUCGUGGUAGCUGCUGUCAUCAAGUAUGCUGACAACAUACUGAAAGGCUUUGCUACAUCACUCUCAAUUAUCCUCUCCACAUUCAUUUCAUAUUUCUGGCUUGAGGAUUUUGAGCCUACCAGUGUGUUCUUCCUGGGCACAGUAAUGGUCAUAAUGGCGACGUUUCUCUAUGGAUAUGAGAGCAAGCCGGCACCCAACCCAAGCAGGGCAUGAAAAGUGGAUGGAUGAGGUUAAAGAGGAGUGGAACAAAACGAUGAAAUGAGUGGAACGACAGAGAGGAGAAGAGGAGAGAAGGCGUAGAGAGCGGAAAACAGGAUUGAUACAAGGUUGGAUAACAGGCUGGGCCACUGCUGUGCAGUGCUGAGCUGAAGCACACUGGGAGAAAUGCUCCGCAUCUCUGGUUUCAGUAAAACUCACGGUUUAAGUGAAAAACAUUAAUCGGCGCUGAACACAUUAAUGGGUGAUGGAUUAAACCACUUCAUAAUGUGUCGUUUUCAAAUGGCACAAAACUUGUUCGGCUUUUCUUGGCCAUUUAAUAUCUGUUCAUCUUCAAGGGUUAAUGACCGCUUUUAAUUCGCAACAGUGGCCUUCAGUAACUCGCCACAAAUGAAACUUGAAUCUUGCAGAAACUCUGCAAUGGAUGCUACUAAGGGGGUCUUUGCAUCACUGUAUUUUUGUGUCAUUAUUCAAACUGCAAAUCCUAAAAAAAUAUUUUAUGCUAUUUUAAUUGACUGAGUUGCUGGCUUAGUUUCUGUGCUGUAAAGAUUAAGGAAUUAUGGGAUCUUUUGGGAACAGAAUGUAAACUUUUGAUAUUAUUAUAAUGAAAAUGAUAACAAUACUUAAGACAAUGCCAGCCAGUCAGUUGAUUAUUUUUCAGAUUACCUGUCACCAGGCUACAAAGAAUACUUGUGUUACUUGAGUUAUAUAUGCAAGGAAGUGCUUUUUUUAGUCACUUUGCACUAUAUUAGUACAUGCUGAAGAGUAAUAAUAAAUCAGGUGUGUGUAUGUGUAUAUAUAUAAUUUUUUUUUAUAACAAUACACACAUUUCCACAAGGGCAGCACAAAAUUGAAGAGAAAAGGCUUUGCAUUUUUUCAAAAGGUGUAAAAACAAUGCAUGCAGUCACAGCUUGAAAACGGUAAAAAGGGCAAAUAGAUUUUACAGUCAGGAAAACUCGAGCUGCCCCAGUCCUUCUGAACACACUGUGAACCUCAAAAUCAAUAAACUCUACGGUGACCUGUGAAGACCAGCAUUAGGUCGUCUUUGAAUUCUGCACAUCUCAUAUGGCAUCAUAAACUCCGUUUAUACAAAUCCAGUGGUUUUGAUGCUUUAAAGAGUGGGUUGGCUUCAUUUUUGAUAAUCAAACAAUCUCUCCACUGUAAUUUGUUCAGGCGCAGUAUUCUCUAGUGGAGGAAGAGGAUGGUACUUCAGUGAAGGCGGUUGAGUGUUUGUUGUGCUUUUGUGUCUGGAUGUGUGUUUGUUAUCUCAGUAGGAAGGUCCGGAUGGUUUUCACCUCUAUAAUGAGUAGCGGUGGGAUUUGGUGUUUGCAGCACUGUUCAAAUCUCUGUCUUCUCCUCCCUCGCUCCCAGGUGAGCAGAAGAAGGAAUUAAUAGACAGCCCCAGACAUUCUUCAGCUCAGAGCAAAGAAAUUUAAGCAACCGAAGUUCCCUCAUUUCCAUUGCAGCUUUAUUCACAGUCCAGGGGCCACACACAGACCCUUUUUCAAGCCCAGAGGCUUCAUGUAUAAAUGUGCGUGGAAAACAGCAUACACACUUCUAUACCCAUAUCAGCUGUUGAUAUACACUGUUUUUCACGCAGGUAUCUGGAUUCAUAAAAAAUAAACUUGGCGUAAAUAUGCGCGCACCGUACGGAUGCUCUUGACUAGCUUUUGUGCAUACGUAUACUUUCAGGAUGAACUCUACAGAGAUUUUUAUACA